AAACAAAUGAUAGUAUCGCAACACGAGGAAACCAGAGUUUCCUCAUUUUUUUAUUAGGAGUUGGAGGGCCAUUGAAAUAUAUAUUUUUUAUAUUCGGAAGCUCGUAUUUCCGACUUAGCAUGAACGCUGUUUCACGGUAAUAAUUACUCUUCUACCGCUUGCAUUUAUCAGACCACCGACGUCACCGUCGCGUCAAACACCGGUAGAUGCGAAUUGCAAACGUACAACCAGAAUCUCAAACCCAUCGGUCGCAGGUUCCUAUUAUGCCUUCCCGGUCUUGGUUUAUCGCUGGUAGCGCUCUCCUCCUCUCUUUUCGGCUGGCAUUCGGGACGAAGGGACCACAUCCAUGUACAGAGACAGACUACUACUAUGAAUAUACAGAGUGUGACAGUACAGGGUCGCGAUGGCGAGUAGCAAUCCCUCAGAGCCAUGGAUCCUGCAUCGGACUGCCCGAGCCUGUCCGAGGGACAGAGUGCACAUUUUCCUGUGAGGCGGGGGAGUUUCUGGAGAUGUCUGCCCAGGAGUGUACUCAGUGUGCAGCAGGUACCUACUCUCUGGGCAGCGGUAUUCGAUUUGAUGACUGGGAAACCAUCCCCAGCGGGUUCAGCUCCCUAGCAACUUACCUUGACAAUGGUCCCCAUGGAGACGACAGCACUACCUGCAACAGUUCGACGUGGUUUCCGCAGGGUAGUUACCUGGAGUCUAACAGAGAUGAGUGUACUGUCUCUCUGAUCUAUGCUGUCCAUCUGAAGAAACCGGGAUCAGUCUCCUUUGACUACCAGUACCCAGACGGCAACCUGUUCUUUGAGUUCUUUAUCCAGAAUGACCAGUGUCAGGAGAUGGACCAGACUGCUGAUAAGAAGUGGCUCAAGCUUACCAGUCACGGGGAGUGGGCCACACACACUGUGAAUCUGAAGUCUGGCACUAACAUCUUGUACUGGAGGACAGCAGGGAUCCUGAUUGGAGCUAAAGUAGUCAAACCUGUUCUGCUGAAGAACGUCCACAUAGAGGGAGUGGCAUAUGCGUCAGAGUGUUUCCCGUGUAAACCAGGGACGUUCAGCCAAACCCCAGGCUCCUCCUCAUGUCAGCCCUGUCCCAGAGACACCCACUCUGGCCACGGAGCCAGCUCCUGUACCCCCUGCAACACCACAACACUCUAUGCACCGGAGGGGUCAGCUGAGUGCAAAGCGAGACCACCAUGCUCCAAGAAGGAUUACUUUCAGAUACACACCCCCUGUGACCUUGAGGGCAAGACACAGGUGACCUACAGGUGGGUGGAGCCCCAGAUCUGUCUGGUGGACGUGGCCGGGGCUGAAACACUGCCCCCCUCUGGUGACCGUGAGCCCUGCCCACCGUGCAACCCCGGUUUCUAUAACAACGACACUGCUACCUGCUCUCCCUGCCCCCCCGGGACAUUCUCUGAUGGGGUCAAAGCGUGUGAGUCGUGUCCUGCGGGUACUGAGCCUGCUGUAGGUUAUCAGUAUAAGUGGUGGAACGUCCUUCCAGCCAGCAUGAAGACAUCCUGCUUCAAUGUGGGCAACUCCAAGUGUGACGGCAUGAAUGGUUGGGAGGUGGCGGGGGAUCAUAUCCGUAGUGGAGCAGGGGGCUCUGAUAACGACUACCUCAUCCUCAACCUCCAUGUACCUGGCUUUAAGCCUCCUACAUCAGCAACAGGUGGUGCGGGGACAGAGUUUGGCCGUAUCAGCUUUGAGUUUGAGAUGGUGUGUUCAGCUGACUGUGAGCUGUACUUUAUGAUGGAUGUAAACAGGAAGAGUACAAGGGUGGUGGCGUCAUGGGAGGGCAGUAAGGUCAGACAGUCCUACACACACAUUAUGACCAAGAACGCCUCUGUGUCAUACACCUGGGCCUUCCAGAGGACCAACCAGGCCUCUGACUUGCGUCAGAAUGUGAACAACGUGGCAAGUAUCUACUCCAUCUCAGUGAGUAAUGCUGUAGACGGUGUGUCGUCGGAGUGUCGGACCUGUGCCCUCCUCUCCCAACCCUCCGGCUCGCUGUGUGUGCCCUGCCCUCCAGGACAUUACAUACACACCAGCCAGUGCACAGAGUGCCCUCCCAACACACACCUCACCUCACACAGCACCCUGGGCCCAGAGGCCUGCAAACCCUGUGGACCAUCCAGCAAGAGCAACAAGGAGCACAGUAGGUGCUACAGUGACUGUGUGUUCUCCUACUCUGAGAACAACGUGUCUCUGAGUUUUGACUACAGUUCCCUGGGCUCUGUUGGAACACUGAUGAACGGACCCAGUUUUACCACCAAAGGAACCAAAUACUACCACCUUUUCAACAUCAGCCUCUGUGGAGGAGAGGGUAGAAGGGCUGUGUGUACAGACAACGUGACUGACCUUUCCAGCACCGAUUCUCAGAAAGAGACAGGGGAACCAGCCAGUGCGGUGGAGACAUUAAUCUGUCAAUCAACCAUUAUCCCCUCUAGUGGGCGGGGCUUCCACACAGCACUAUCCUCUCAGUCCAUCAGCCUAGCAGACACCUUUCUGGGAGCGACAGUGGCCUUGACUCUGGAUGGAGUCAAGGCAAGACCAGACCUGUUCCCACAGACCACCAACAAAGUCCCUGACGUCAACUUCUUCUACCGUUCUCUGGAGGUGACCUCGUCAUGUGAUAAAGGUCGUAACGUGGUGGUGACGCUUCGCUGUAACCCGGAUAGAAGCGCACAAGGAGAACUCACAGUACCCAGUCAGUGUCCGGCGGGGACAUGUGAUGGCUGUACCUUCCACUUCCUGUGGGAGAGCUCAGGGGCGUGUCCUCAGUGCACAUCCACAAACUACCACCAGAUAGAGGGAGCCUGCAAGGGAGGACUACAGGACACUCUGUAUGUGUGGACUGAGCCAAAGCGGUGUGUAGGAGGGGUGUCCCUCCCGGAGAAGAAGACCUGGCCGUGUGAGAGCAUGGACUUCUUGGUAAAGAUGGGGGCGACGAUAGGCGCCUUCACCGCCGCACUGCUCUUCUCCAUCACCUGCUAUUUCUGGAAGAAGAACAAGAGGCUGGAGUUUAAGUACUCGAAGCUGGUAAUGUCGUCCAAUAAGGAGUGUGAACUGCCGGGGGCGGAUAGCUGUGCCGUGAUGGAGGGAGAGGAGAACGAGGGAGAGAUGGAGGAUGAGGUGGUCUACUCCAAAAAAACAUCCCUGAUAUGCAAACUCAAAGCCAUCGCAUCUAGGGGAAAAGGGAGAAGCUAUGAAAAUGUCCAGUUGAACUCCUCACAGUCAAACGGGUUGGUGUGGGGGUGAAGAAAGAGGAAAGAGAACAAGGAGAGAGACCAACCCCCCCCCCCCCCCCCCCCAGAGAGACUUCUUCAACAUAUCUCCAUGUUGAGGGCUUGAACCCCUAACACACACACUCAGAACAUAUAUAGACCCAUGCAGAGUACACACACCCAGAAUGCAUGCUCACUGACACAAACACAUGUGAGAGGACAUUACCCCCAUCUGGCCUUAUCCCUGGAAUAUGGGCGGUGUGAUUUAAAAGGGUGUGUAUGGUUGGGUAUAUGGGUGGUGUGUCGGGUCUGCUUAGGUAAAGAAGAGGACCUAUAUGGAUGGUGUGUCGGGUCUGCUUAGGUAAAGAAGAGGACCUAUAUGGAUGGUGUGUCGGGUCUGCAUAGGUAAAGAAGAGGACCUAUAUGGGUGGUGUGUCUGGUCUGCUUAGGUAAAGAAGAGGACCUAUAUGGGUGGUGUGUCUGGUCUGCUUAGGUAAAGAAGAGGACCUAUAUGGGUGGUGUGUCUGGUCUGCAUAGGUAAAGAAGAGGACCUAUAUGGGUGGUGUGUCUGGUCUGCUUAGGUAAAGAAGAGGACCUAUAUGGGUGGUGUGUCGGGUCUGCUUAGGUAAAGAAGAGGACCUAUAUGGGUGGUGUGUCGGGUCUGCUUAGGUAAAGAAGAGGACCUAUAUGGGUGGUGUGUCGGGUCUGCUUAGGUAAAGAAGAGGACCUAUAUGGGUGGUGUGUCGGGUCUGCUUAGGUAAAGAAGAGGACCUAUAUGGGUGGUGUGUCGGGUUUGCUUAGGUAAAGAAGAGGACCUAUAUGGGUGGUGUGUCUGGUCUGCUUAGGUAAAGAAGAGGACCUAUAUGGGUGGUGUGUCGGGUCUGCUUAGGUAAAGAAGAGGACCUAUAUGGGUGGUGUGUCUGGUCUGCUUAGGUAAAGAAGAGGACUAUAUGGGUGGUGUGUCGGGUCUGCUUAGGUAAAGAAGAGGACUAUAUGGGUGGUGUGUCGGGUCUGCUUAGGUAAAGAAGAGGACCUAUAUGGGUGGUGUGUCGGGUCUGCUUAGGUAAAGAAGAGGACCUAUAUGGGUGGUGUGUCGGGUCUGCUUAGGUAAAGAAGAGGACCUAUAUGGGUGGUGUGUCUGGUCUGCUUAGGUAAAGAAGAGGACCUAUAUGGGUGGUGUGUCUGGUCUGCUUAGGUAAAGAAGAGGACCUAUAUGGGUGGUGUGUCUGGUCUGCUUAGGUAAAGAAGAGGACCUAUAUGGGUGGUGUGUCUGGUCUGCUUAGGUAAAGAAGAGGACCUAUAUGGGUGGUGUGUCUGGUCUGCUUAGGUAAAGAAGAGGACCUAUAUGGGUGGUGUGUCUGGUCUGCUUAGGUAAAGAAGAGGACCUAUAUGUGGGAUGUUUUUUGGGCUGUUUUCCGUCACUCUGUUGUCAGGUUGUUUUGGUGGCCAUGUUGUUUUUCCUCAGGUGUUUUGUCCUCUGAGACCAACCUCACAUCAACCCUUAGGCUCCUUCUCAUUAAGAGGGAAGAAGCGGUGUUCCAUAGUGCCCUCUGAAAGGCUGGGUGGGAUCUUUGCAUGUUGGCAGCUGUCCAAUCCUUUGAGAUCUACAGAAGUCCUCACAUAGCCCUAAAUACCCGGCACACACACACACCCUAUUACAGUCUCAUCUUAGUCUGACCUGCACCACCCUUUACCCAUUUGUUCUGUAUGUAGGCUUUGGGUUACCAUGGUGAUGGUGGAAUGUCCUUCACGCUCUCUUAGUCCAAUCGGGAGUGGCGAUGUUACAUUAUCCAUAUGAUGAUACGAUAUGAUGCUGACUGCCUUUCUGUUAUUUAAAGUGAAAUAAACUAGAUUGUAUUUGUG